AUGUCCGUUGCAGUUUUGGGGUCGAAGCGUGCCGUGUACGACAUCUGGCCGCUCAAAAACAAGAAGUUUUUUGUCCUGGUGGAUCCGCAGAACAUUUUGGGGGAAACCACCGACUCCAACGCCACACUCAACACCAUCGAAUACCUUUUAAAGAAGCAGGGAGCAGUGGUGGUGGGCGCGUCGUUCGGACCCUUAUGCGGUAUUCCACUAAAUUUGCCACGGCAACAACGCGAGGAUGCGAUUGUGGCCUUCCGUCGAGAAGGAGGCAGGGGAUUUAGUAACUUUUUUUCCUCGAUCUCUUCCCGUAUGAAGAUGGAGGUGUUGAAGGGCGUGCCAGGGUUGGUGC